GUUUGAACCAUAUGUUGUGUAGUUUGAAAAAUACCAUGCAGAAAGUUUGUAUUUGUGGAAUAAUUUCGCAAAUUUACAUUUAUAUUAGCAUUUGAUUAACUUUAACAGUGCCACCACAGACUAUAAAGAAAAUAUUGAUUCUUUAUUACUUAAAAUCAAAAAAUGCUGGCAUUACAAAAAUCGCAAAUUUAUUACCAACUGAAAGUGAAAAAUAGUUCAAAAAUUUCAAAAAAAUGCCCUGAACGAUACAAAGAAUUUAAAACAAUUGAUGGUGUAUCAAUGUGGGAUAUUUACAAUGGUAUUAUUAGAGAGGCGCGCUUGGCAAAAAAUGAAAAAAAACCCAAAUCAAUUUUAAAUCUUUUGAACAAAAUAAUCCCGCAGUUGUAUUUUGGAACGAGUAAGAACCGAAAGGUAUUUUACAGGUUAGUGAAAAAAAUACUUACACAAUCAAGACAUGAAUGUGUGUAUUCCUCGGAACUGUACAAGAGUUAUGACCAUCAUGAUAUACCCUGGUUAUACAAACAAAGUGAAUUCACACGCCCUCUGUCAUAUUUCAACAAAAAAAUACUGGAAAAUAUUGUUAAACCCCUCAUAGCGCAUUUUUAUCACAUAAAUUUAUCACAUAAGACUCAUAAAGUUGAGUUUGUUGAAAAAAGGGAGUGGCAGAAAUUCCAAGCAAAAGUAUUUAAUAAGUUGAUAAAAGAGCAAUAUUUAAUACCCUGUGAGAAGAAAGUUGAUACUAAAAAUAUAUUGAGGGUGAAACCAAAGUAUGGGUGCGCUAAAAAGGGGUUUAGACUUUUGGUUUACUAUAUGGAUGCUCCAAAAUCACACAAGGAGUUUCACAGGAUAUUAUCCAAGAAAAUAAGGGAAGAAUCUGAGAGGUUCUUUAAACAUAAAGACCUCUUUGAAUCGUGGACAGAAUUUAUUCGGAAGAACAAGGGUAAAGCUCUGUUUGGCGCCAAAUUCGACAUUAAAGAUGCGUACGGUUCUGUUGAUAUAAAGAUGUUGAAGAAAAUAAUCAAAUCUUCAAGUUUAUCGGACAACAUCAAACAAUAUGUAACGUCGGAGUUAAAAUACCAGUACGUCAAAAUACCGAGGAAAAAUGGCGGGGUUUACAGGUGGAAUCACGGGUUACCUCAAGGUCACCGUCAGUCACCUUGUUUAUGCGAAUUGUACAUAACCUAUAUGGAAAGUGUGAACUUUGAAAAAUUCGUGAAAAAGAACUGCUUAAUACACCGUACGGUAGACGAUUAUUUGUUCGUUUCAACGGAUUCUUCUUUAGUGUAUUCUUUUGAAGAUCUUUUGCGGUCAAUGUUCAAACUAAACGAAUCCAAAACUAUUAUUAAUACUAAGCAUGAAAGUGGCGGGUUAAAGUACAACGGACGUUUAUUUAGGUUAGAAUCGGGGGAAAUAAUAAAAUUAUACGAAUUCUCUGAAAGAUAUGAAUUAAGACACCGUUUUAGGAUUUGGAACAUUUCCUACCCAAUCCCAGAACAAAACUCAAUCAACUUUUUAAACCGUCUCUUGCUGGUGAAAUUUAAUUUUCACAACUUCACGAAGUUUGAACUCAACACCAUAGUGAACUCGCCUGAAACAGUUUUGCAGAACGUUUUUUACGGGUUUAUAUUUUUGGCCCACAAGUAUGACUGCAUCGUAAUGUCGAUAAAAAACACUCAAGUCGACAAACAAUUCUUUUACCCUCACUUAGUGUCAACUUUGAAAAACUACUGCAAAUACAUUCACAACGUCAUCAAAAAACACAAAGGUGAACAUUUCGAGCCGAUAAAUUUUUUUUUAUUAUUCUCCAUCGCUUGUAAGGCUUUCAUUCUGGUUUUUAAGAGGAGAUCUAUAUUUUAUCAAGAAGUUAUAUACUUUUUAAAAACUCGUUUAUUUUUUAGAGAUUUUGGUGAAUUAAAUUGGAUGUAUGAGGUUUUUCUAAAAAUCCCUGAAUGUUUUAAGGGUAUUUGUAUGAAUAGGGCUGCGAAAAUCUAAAUAAAAGUUUCUUUAAAUUUUGUGUACCUAUUGUAUCUAAAUGUAUGUUUUUAUUUAGGAUUAUAAGAUUUAUACACUGCUAGCUAUUAAAUAUAUGUUACUAUUUUUAUUUAUAAGUAGAAUAUAUAUAUAUUUUAUAUUUUGUUUUUUUUACCAGACAUAUUAAAGGACGUUGACUACAUUAACAUACGCUAAAGAAGUACCGGGUUAUUA